UUAAAAUAAUAUACUUAAGAAUUGUAUAUAUUAUUUCUACUGUGCAAAUUUUCUAGGAAACACGGGUAUGGGCAGUGUGACCAGAAUACUGCCGUCAUUGAAAUUAACGCACUUUUUGAAUUGUGAAUAGAACAGGCCUGUAAUACCCAUUUUGUUUAAAUGUUUUGUGUUUAAAAUAUUACUUCAUCAAAAAAAAAUGCUCGGUUCAUGAUAUUGAACAGAAUAUUUGCAUACGCCGCAAGUUGGAUAUUCCAAUUUUUAAUUUUUUUCAAUCAUGCGCUAACUAAAACAAUCUGGCAUAUUCACACAUCGUCCAAAAAUACAUAUGUGUACAAUUUAAAAAUAAUCUUCUUAUAUUAGCCUCAUUACAGAACACUUGGAGUUUUCAAAGACCAGGAGUGCAUGACAAGAUUAAUCACGUGAGUUUUUAAUUUUACUUAAAAGUUUUUACUGACACCAAAAAAAAUUAGAUUGCAAGAAUACGAAAUUACUGCAGCAAUGAAUUUUACACGAUGCAAAUUAACAUACAUCAUUUUUUUUUUUUUUUUUGGACUAUCACAUUUCAAUUCAAUUUCAAUUUUUCGAUAUUUUUGCAGAGCUGGUUAUAUGAAUAUGCCAAACCGACGGCGCUACUUAACAGCCUUACAGGCCGCAGCACAAACGGAUUGUCUUUCCAUCGGCAUAAUGCCGAAAGAUCUCAAAUGCCCUUCUUACCUGUUUACUAUCCCAAAUACAUGUUGAGGCGUAAGAGAGUGCAAAUAUUACCUCCAAAAAAAUAUCCAUAUCGAGGAAUCUUGCCGAUGAACCAGAACGGAAAAAGGAAUCCUUACAGAUACUUCGCUCUCGGAUAUCUACCAGGAUCUACUAGUAUGCUGAAGAAUGUGAAAUGGCCAAACUAUGCCUUCCCAUAUAAAAGUUUUAAUGCCGUCACCACACCAAAGACAAAUUAUUACAUGUUAACCCCAGAGAAGCUGAAUAUAAAUUUUCACAGUCGGGAGCCAUAUUUUACUAAUCCAAUUUCAUCCAUGAGCUCAGUUAUUUCAAAUUACUGUGUUAAUGCAUAUAAAGUCGGUGCUAAUUAUGCCCACAUAUUGCCUUUUUGUAUCGAUAAAGUGCCUACUCUUCCCACGCCGCUCGCCAAAGUGCGCUCUAAUAAUACAAAAUAUAUUUCUUCUACGCUGCGUAUGGAACCUAGCACCAGAAAUCCGUACACCCAAGACGUGUUUUCCACCAGCUCACAUCUAAAAUCAAUAAAUACAUCUCACAUAUAUUUCACUAUAGGCGAUGCAAUCACACCUAGAGCGCUUGUCAGCUCAGACUUCAAAAAAGAGAAGAAAACUACUAAUUUUAAAAAUUAUGAGACUUUUCUCUCCAAUGAUUAUAACAAACCGAAAUCUGAUGCUAUAGCCUCAGAGCAGUGGACGAUGGCGUCGAAUCCAAUAAAUUUACAACAAAAAGCUAAAUUAUCUCAACCAACAAAUGAAGUGCUUACAUACCAUUUAAGUAGCUCACAAGAUUUCAAUCCAUUUGCCUUAACGGAUACAAAAGCAACUCAAAUGCAUUGGAGCCUCGACCAGUUUGAAAACAUUACUUGUUCUAAUUCCUUAUUAGACACAAAAACAAAAUGUGCUUCGGAAAAUAAAGAUAAUACCGAAGAUAAUAUUUCUACAGAAGUCUCCACAACUUUGACAGUCAUUAGGUCAUUACCUAUUGUAACAACUAUCGCUUUCACCACCGUCUCGACACCUUUAAUCAAAGUGCCACAAUUAGACAAUAUAUCAACGACUGUGUCGUGGAACUUUACACAGGAACCAUAUACAAGCAGCAGCCGGCCAACAUAUAGGAGAGGCAAAAUUGCUCAAAUCAACAGAAGAUUAGUUUUUAAAGAAAAAAUUAAAGAAAAGGAUAGAAUUUCUAAAUCUUCUACAAUGUCGAUACCCAUUCGAACCACUGAAGCGAAAACCAAAGAAAAAAGAAAAUACACUACUUCAACAUUUCCUUCGCCCGGUCAAAUAAUAUCGUCGUCGCGGACUACGGAACUGGGAUCAUUAUUACGAGUUAAUAACACUCUCAAAAAGCGAAAAAUAAAGUUUCACACGAAAAGUCGCAGCCGAUGGAGCCCCUCAAAUGAAAAGACAAACGAAAAAGUGAAGGGUGCCAACACCCCGACAAGCACCAUAAUAACAACGAUACUUAAUUCGACAACUGAGCCUCAAAGAAGUACCAAAUCAAGCAAACUAAGGUUAAAAGUAAGCAGACACAACAGGAGAUCGACCUCUCUGCAGAUUGCUGCAACGCGAAGUUUACCACAGUCAACCACCCCAGUGGCCAGUAGCACACCGGAAUCCGCAAUAAUGCGAAUAUCGAAUAUGGGUAGUGGAAAAAACUCUAUAGCUAAGAAUAAUUCAUCGAAUUCAAUACUCUCCUUUCCAACACGCAGUAGUGGAUUUGUUGCUGAGUUACCAAUAGUCACAUACUUCAAAGAAAUAACUGAGUCCCGGCAAAUAUGAAACUUGCAAAAUAAUUUAGUUACAUAUAUAUGUACACACAUAAAUAUAUGUAUGUUACAUAUGUAUGUACAUAUAUAAAUAUAUGUAUGUACUAGGGCUGUGCGUUUAUUUGAUUAUUCGAGCAAGUUGAAUAAUCAAUUGCUCAAUUACUCAAUUAUUCGAUUACUCUAAAUUUUUUUUUUU